AUGUGCGGCUCAGUGACAUUUCUUAAGAAAAAAAUUUCCAAUCCCUUCAAGCUCCGAAAGAUUAUUUGGAACACCGAAAGAUUACAUAUGCUCCCGACCCUCGCUCGAACCAGCCGACGAUACUUGUCGAGGUUGCCAGACAAGACAUCCACACUAGCGAAAUUCAAUUUUCCAUUGGCUACAAAUACGAUAAAAUCGGUUACUGAAAACAUUGCUGACUUUAUAAACAACAAGCAAAAGAUCACCCUCAACGGACAUAUACACAGAAAGGCGAGGAUACGGCCAACGUUGGGCUUCGGUUUCUUACGUGAUUCUGAUGGGGAAGUCAUUCAAUUCAUUGCCAAUGACGCAACCAACCACAAAAUAAUAGACACAAUGAAAGAACUCACAGUUGAAGAGUCUGUCAGUAUUUGCGGGUUUGUACAACCAAAGCAGUUGAAAGAAGGAGAAUCAAAAAGCUGGGAAUUGGUUUUAGAAGAUAUUCAAAUCCUAAAUCUGUCAAACAUUGACGCUCCAAGGCUUGAAAAAUUAAAGCAAACACGACCUGAAGAUCUUCCACCUCAAUUUAGAUACUUACAACUACGUACUGCAUUCUAUCAAAAUGCAUUACGAACCAGAAGUAAAAUAUCUCAACUAAUUCGAAAAGUACUUGUGGACAAUCACGAUUUUGUUGAAAUUGAAACACCAUUACUUUUCAAAUCAACGCCCGAAGGUGCUCGUGAAUUUCUCGUCCCCACCAGAUCACCCAACCAAUUUUAUGCAUUGCCUCAAUCUCCUCAACAAUACAAGCAGAUAUUAAUGAGUUCUGGAUUCACAAAGUAUUUUCAGAUUGCAAAAUGCUUUAGAGAUGAGGAUUUGCGGUCAGAUAGACAACCAGAGUUUACACAAGUUGAUUUGGAAAUGAGUUAUGUGAAUAGCUCAAAUCAGGUGAUGCAAGUUGUUGAAGAUGUAGUGUUGAAUGUGUGGGGAAAAGUCAAGAAGACCAAUGUGUAUACAUUGAAUGAAAAUGGUGAAUUAGUUAAAGUUGAUGCAGGGGCAGAGGGAGUUCGAUUAUCAAAGCUAGACUAUUUGACAGCGUUGCGAGAAUAUGGAAUUGACAAACCAGAUUUAAGAUCGAACAUUUCGUUCAAUAGUCUAGAAAGCUUUUUUACAUCAUUUGAAGAUCCUGAGUUUCCUGUUGUUGAAGCAUGUGUUUUGAGAGGUGCAUUUGAUCCUUUAUCCAAAUCCUCAAAGCCACCGAAAUCUCUCACCAGUGAGUUGCAUUACUCAAGAAGGAGACCUUAUGUGUUCAUGAUUAAAUCUAAAGACGAUGUAAGAACUUGGUAUGAGUUGCUUUUGCAAAAGGGCUUUAUGAGAUUGAAUGAUGGGGUAAGCGAGGAGAGAAUACACGAACACUUGAAUUUACAGCCUGGUGAUAUUUUAGCUGUCUCAAAUAGAUCGCAUCUACCUUACGAAAAUCCAACUCCCUUAGGUAAAUUCAGACAAUUGGCCAUAGCUGAAUUUCCUGGAAAGUGGCAACGUCCAAUUAGGAGCGAAAAAGAUUUGAUCGACACAUAUAAUGCAGAUGAAACAAUCGUUGGUUCUUGGUUAGUCGAGUUUCCCUUAUUCAAUCCAGUUGAAAUUUCUGAAGACAUCAAUGCACCAUAUCCCAAAUACGACAAAAGCAAGCUAGAAUCCACGCAUCAUCCAUUCACCAUGUGCAAAUCAGAAGAUUAUAACUUGUUAGAAACCGCACCUUUGGGAGUCAGAGGUGAGCAUUAUGAUUUGGUGAUUAAUGGAGUUGAAGUUGGUGGGGGCUCGAGAAGAAUCCAUGAUGCAGCAUUGCAGCAAUAUAUCUUUGAAGAAAUUUUAAAAGUUAACAACUAUCAACAAUUGUUUGGUCAUUUGUUGAAAGCUUUGAGUAUGGGAUGUCCACCUCAUGCUGGUUUGGCUUUGGGAUUUGAUAGACUAUGCGCUAUGGUGGUUGGUACUUCAAGUAUAAAGGAUGUCAUUGCGUUCCCAAAAAACCAAUCGGGAUCGGAUCGUGUUGUUGAGAGUCCUACGGCUGUUGAUGAAAAAACAUUGAACGAGUACUUCAUUACUACAAAAAACCUGUAA